UGAAUGUGCACCACUACAUACCACCCAUGUGCACACAGUCACCCCUUGCCUCCCAUCAAAUCUCCUUGAAAAUUUGAAUCAUUGCCAACCUCUACAUACGACCACAACAAAUCCAGGGUAUCAAAGUCUGGCAUACACGAGCUCCGUGUGGUGAGGCAGAACCUAAUCAAGAUGGUUAAAGCCCAUAAAGGAGUCUUGGUGACUUGUGAUCCAGCAGCCAAACAACUGAUUCUGAAGUUGAACGAUCAACCAGACCAUCAAAUCUCUGAAUUCGGAUUGGUCACACCCUUCAUUAUCCAAGAAUUGGAUGACACUCAUCUUAUGGUCACCCAGGAAUGUGUCAACGCGCUCAAGAAACAGUUGGAAGCCGAGUUGGAAAAGAAUACAUUUACGCUUGAUAGUCUAUAGUCAGAAAUAAAUAAAGGCAUAUGAAACCUGAUACAUUGAGCUACAUCUGAUACUCUGCAGUUUUUUUAUUUUCGCUCGUGUUUUUACAUGAGAGGCAUCGUGCGUUGCUAAUUGUCUAAUCAGGUCUCAAUAUGACCACAAGAGAGACUGCAGUGAAGAGCACGUGAGCCAUCUUCAAUAAUCGUCGAGUUGUUUCUAUGCAUGAGUGGACUUGAAAACUGUUGAUACAUAGG